UAAGAAAAAUAAUACAACCCACACUCUCUAAUGCCUAAGAAUAGCAAGAUGGUAAAAAAAGAAUUAGAAGAUGAAGUUAUUGAAUCUGCCAAAGACCUUCUUUCCAAUGAAGAUGCAGCUGAUGAUGCUUUUAAGAAAAGUGAACUAAUUGUUGAUGUCCAAAAAGAGAACCAUACAGAUGCUAAAGUAUCUAACAUCAAAGAUGAAAGACAAGGUUGGAAGAAUAGGCUACAAUACAUCCUUGCCCAAGUUGGAUUUUCUGUAGGUCUAGGAAAUGUGUGGCGAUUCCCAUACCUAUGUCAGAAGAAUGGGGGUGGUGCAUAUCUUUUGCCAUUUUUUCUAUUGCUUAUGAUAGUAGGUAUUCCACUUUUUUUUCUGGAACUUGCUCUGGGGCAAAGAAUUCGACGAGGAAGCAUUGGUGUGUGGAAUUACAUAAGCCCUAAAUUGGGUGGUAUUGGAUUUACAAGUUGUAUAGUGAGCUUGUUUGUGGCUCUCUACUACAAUGUCAUCAUUGGCUGGAGUGUGUUUUAUUUUUCUCAGUCUUUUCAGUUUCCUCUACCUUGGGAUAACUGUCCUUUGGUGAAAAAUGCUACCCAUACUUUGGUAGAGCCAGAAUGUGAAAAAAGUUCUGACACCACCUAUUACUGGUACAGAAAAGCACUGGAUAUUUCCAGUUCCAUUUCUGAAAGCGGGGGCUUAAACUGGAAGAUGACCAUCAGCUUGCUGGUUGCCUGGGCCAUUGUUUGCUUCGCUAUGAUCAAAGGCAUUCAGUCUUCUGAAAAAAUUGUGUAUUUUAGUUCUCUGUCUCCAUAUGUGAUACUUAUAUGUUUCCUAGUCAGAUCACUCUUCCUAGAAGGUUCAACUUAUGGCAUCCGCCACAUGUUUACCCCUCAGCUUGAAAAAAUGCUGGAACCCCAAACCUGGAGAGAAGCGGCUACUCAGGUGUUCUUUGCCCUCGAUCUGGGAUUUGGUGGUGUCAUCGCCUUUUCAAGUUACAGCAAGAGAGACAACAACUGCCAGUUUGAUGCUGUGCUGGUGCCCUUGGUCAAUUUUUUCACUUCUAUCUUGGCCACAUUGGUGGUGUUUGCAGUUCUGGGCUUCAAAGCAAACGUCAUAAAUAAGAAAUGCAUUGAAGAAAAUGCUAUAAUGAUUGAAAAAUUUUUGAAAAUGGGCAACAUUCCUCAGGCCAUUAUUCCCCCUAACAUCAAGAUUUCAACUAUCACUGCAGAAGCUUAUCACGAAGUUUAUGACAUCAUCAAAAGAGUGAAAGGGGAGGAGUUUCCUGCUCUUGAUCUUCGUUACUGUAAAGUUGAAGAUGAGCUAAAUAAAGAGGUUGAGGGAAUUGGUUUAGCUUUCAUUGCCUUUACAGAAGCGAUGACACAUUUCCCUCUAGCUCCCUUGUGGUCAGUGUUGUUCUUCCUCAUGCUGAUAAAUCUAGGCCUCAGCAGCAUGUUUGGAUUCAUCGAAGGGAUCAUCACGCCUGUGGUGGACAGUUUCAAAGUGAGCAAAGAAUUGGUUACUGUUAUUUGUUGUCUUCUGGCAUUUUGUGUUGGUCUGAUAUUUGUGCAACGUUCUGGAAAUUACUUUGUUAUAAUGCUUGAUGGUUAUUCUGCUACGCUGCCGCUUCUAAUUGUAGUCAUUUUUGAGAAUAUUGCUGUAUCCUUUAUCUAUGGAGCAGAUAAAUUUAUGGAAGACCUAAGAGAUAUGCUGGGCUUUGCUCCCUACAGAUAUUACUACUAUUUGUGGAAAUAUAUUACGCCUCUAGUGCUAUUAUUCCUGCUAAUAACUUCUACUGUGAAUAUGAUAUUAAAUCCUCCUGGCUAUGAUGCAUGGAAUAAAGACAAGGCAUCUAAGGAAUUUCUGAGAUAUCCAACGUGGGCAAUGGUUAUCUGUAUAUCUCUGGUAGUCGUAGCACUCCUCCCCAUCCCGGCUGUCUUCAUCAUCCGUUGCUUCAACCUUAUGGAAAACAGUUCCGGUAAUUUAGCCUCCGUGGCCUAUAAGAGAGGAAGGGUACUAAAGGAGCCUGUAAACUUAGAGGGAGAUGAUGCAAGCCUCAUUCAUGAAAAUUCAAGCGAAAUGUCAUCUCCAAAUUUGGGUAAAAAUAUUUAUCGGAAGCAGAGUGGAUCACCGACGUUGGACACUGCUCCCAAUGGGCGAUACGGAAUAGGGUAUUUGAUGGCAGAUGUGGCAGAUAUGCCAGAUCUGCCCGAAUCUGACUUGUAGCUGGGGGCGGGGGUGUUGGAUCAGGAGGGUUUAUUUUGGUUAAUUGGUAUCACUGAACAUUGUCUUCAUGAAGAGAGAAGCUUUAGGCCUCACUUAUCAGAGGGCAUCUCAGGUGUCCCCUGGCUGUGAUCUUUAACACGAACAGUGUAUGCAAAUUCAGCUGGUGUGUUCCUUUGGGUUCUCCAGUUUACAUUCGCACAGGAAGAGUGGCAGACAAAGCUUACAGGGACUGAGGUUCACGUUUGUCAGAAUUUUUAAAAACACUUUUGGUGAUUUUUUUCAAGUAUUUCUUUCUCUACAAAAACAGGUGUUACCUCAGUUUCUAAUAAUUUCUGGAUGAAAUGGCAUUUGCAAUUCAAAAAUGGUGGACGCACUUUAAAAUGCAUAAGUUUGCCUUUAGGGUAACUCCCAGCAUUACAAUGAACAGUUCUGUAAGUUGGUG